GGACAAGUCUGGCAAAAGCUCCGCGUUCUGUAAGUUCUGUGGCUCCCAGACCAUCUCCCCUGCCGUCGUCCCACCCUUUCAAGAUGCCACCACCGACCCCCCGCCCCCUCAUCGUCCUAACCUCCGGUACACCGCCCUCGCUCGCCCUCACACACACCCUCCGCCGGCAUACCCUCCGAACGAAAUCCCCGCUGCUACUCGCCAUCACGCGCGCCGCAAACCUGAACAGCGUUGUUGUAUCCGCGUUUAAUGUGACUGUAGCGGAGGGAGAAGGUGUUGACGAGGAAGGGGAGGACGGCGAGGGCGAAGGAAGUCUUAUGGCGCGACAUGUCGGCAAUGUGGACAGUAUGGUGGAAGUGCUGCGGGAUGUUGAUGGUGUCUGGGAUCUUGUGGUCGAUCUCGAUACCACACAAUUGGGGACGGAUGAAGAAGCGGAGCGUGAGGCUGAAAAGGAGAUACAAUCCCGUCUCAUCUCUGGCACCGGGUUCACAUCGACAGACGGCAACACGAUCGUAUUCAUCACAUCCACGGCCGCGCAUCUCGAUGAAGAAGCGAGAAGGGAAGUGGACCCGGCCUGGCGGGGCGUGCGCGUCAAGUGGGUUGAUGGCGGGAGCGUGAGGGCGGACGGAGGGGUCGGGGUUGUGUCUUUGUUGAACAGUGUGUAGAUUUGACUAUAUUAUGUGUGUGGAAUGCAUACGAACGAAUAGGGGAGAUUUGUAUGGAGUGAUAGUAUAUAUUGAAUAGGUAGAGCUCCUCUUCCUUCGUUCAUGUGUUGAAUACGUACGCAUAUGGA